AUGUUCGACAUGAUGGCCAACAUGCAGGAGCGAAUGAACGAGAUGAAGGAGACAGCCCAGAUAGCUAGCGACACGGCCGGGCGGGCGCUGGCGGAGGUUGUGAACGUGCAAUCUGAUGUCGAGAGGGUUAAAGCGGACAUGAAAUCUCUUCGCGCAGAGUUACCGCAAUUGGUACAAGGUAUUGUUGCUGGGGCUCCACCACCUACUACACCCGCGCAGGACGACAACAUCAAGGCUAUCUCCCGGGGAAUCCGCGAAUUGCAGGUGAUCGCGAAGGGCUUGAAGGAGGACCAGGACGAGGACGCCGUGAUCAAGCAGGUGCGGGAUACGGUCAAGCAGCUUGGCGCGGAGGCCAAGGUUGAACAGGGAUUUGUAUUCUCGGACCCGUCUGGGGUUGGAGCGAUUGAAUUCAAGACCAUUGCAUCGAAAAUAGGGUUUCUCAAAAAGCAAGGCUUUCUGAUAUCAAGUGAGCUAAUGGCAACGACAUGUAUUUCACGGACAGCGACAGCUUGCAGAAAUGAGCCAUCGACAAAGCAUUUGAGGCAGGUUAAGCAUCAAUUUCAGGAGACGAGCCACGACCUGAAAAGCAUGAAGAUCAAGUGGGGGGAAGACCUCGUCAAGCUUGCUGGUGACACUGUGGCUUGGUACGAGGGGAGCGAGAUGAAGUACAAAGGCAAGGGAUUGAAGGUGAAGGCGGGCGUGGAGGAGUACAUGAGUCGAGCACAUGGUCCGACAAGGUUGGUGCCAGAAAAAAAGUAG